AGUGCUUGCAGGGAGCGGAAGCAGCUGGUGAUGUUGGAACAAACAUGGCUGCCCCGGCGCCCCUCGGCCCCUCGGGCUCCCGCUGUCCUCGGCUCUUCGCGGGCCUCCGGUGGCUUCCGCUCCUGGGGCUGCUGCAGCUGCUGGUGGAGCCCGGCCUGGGCCGCGUCCACCACCUGGCGCUGAAGGAUGACGUGAGGCAUAAGGUUCAUCUAAACACCUUUGGAUUCUUCAAGGAUGGGUCCAUGGUGGUUAAUGUCAUCAGCCUUUCAGUGACUGAAGGAGCCACAGACAAGGACCUGACUAUUGGAUUCAGCCUCGACCGUUCCAAGAAUGACGGAUUUUCUUCUUCCCUGGAUGAAGAUGUGAAUUACUGUAUUUUCAGGAAACAGUUUGUCUCUGUCCCCCUUCUAAUCCUAAACUUCUCCAGAAGUGAAGUGAAAAUAAAAUCUCCACCAGAAGCUGGUACCCAGUUACCAAAGAUCAUCCUCAGCAGCGAUGAGAGACAGGAGGCUGGUGUCCCCCCGGUUUCAGCAAGCAGCCAGACUGAGACGAGACGAGAGAGUGGAAAGUCUAAAAGAAGUACAGAGAAUUCAAAGGCAAUGGAAGAGAAAUCCUUUUCUGUUCGUAAUAAUGGCAGGGCACUUUCAUUUCGGUUUUCCUUUAACAUCAGCACCAAUGAGCAGGAAGGCCUCUACAGUCUUUAUUUGCAUAAAUGCACUGGACCUAAAAUGCAGUCUAAUGACAAGUUUUCAUUCAACCUUGAUAUUGAGAUCACGGAGAAGAAUCCUGAGAGCUACCUCUCUGCAGGAGAAAUCCCUCUCCCUAAGUUAUACAUUUCUAUGGCCUUUUUCUUUUUCCUUUCUGGGACCAUCUGGAUUCACAUCCUUCGAAAACGACGGAACGAUGUAUUUAAAAUUCACUGGUUGAUGACGGCCCUCCCUUUCACCAAGUCUCUUUCUUUGGUCUUCCAUGCAAUCGACUACCACUACAUCUCCUCCCAGGGCUACCCCAUGGAAGGCUGGGCUGUCGUGUACUACAUCACUCACCUUUUGAAAGGGGCCCUGCUGUUCAUCACCAUCGCGCUCAUUGGCACUGGCUGGGCUUUCAUCAAGCAUAUCCUUUCCGAUAAAGACAAAAAGAUCUUCAUGAUUGUCAUCCCACUCCAGGUCCUGGCAAACGUGGCCUACAUCAUCAUAGAAUCCACCGAGGAGGGGACCACGGAGUACGCCUUGUGGAAGGACUCUCUGUUUCUGGUGGACCUGCUGUGCUGUGGGGCCAUCCUCUUCCCAGUGGUGUGGUCGAUCAGGCAUUUACAAGAAGCAUCGGCAACAGAUGGAAAAGCUGCUAUUAACUUAGCAAAGCUGAAACUUUUCAGACAUUAUUACGUCUUGAUCGUAUGUUACAUAUACUUCACCAGGAUCAUUGCAUUUUUCCUCAAAUUCGCUGUUCCGUUCCAGUGGAAGUGGCUCUAUCAGCUCAUGGACGAAAUGGCCACUCUGGUGUUCUUCGUUCUCACCGGGUACAAGUUCCGCCCAGCUUCAGAUAACCCCUACCUACAGCUUUCUCAGGAAGACGAUGACCUGGAAAUGGAAUCUGUCGUGACGACGUCGGGGGUGAUGGAGAACAUGAAGAAGGUCAAGAAGGUGACCAACGGCUCGGUGGAGCCCCAGGGCAACUGGGAAUGCGCCGCGUGAUGGCGCACGCUCGAGCUGGCCCCGCAAAGAAGACACUUAAUUUAUUAAUAGUCCUCUUGGUGAGCGAGAGCAGCUGGCACUUCCUGACAGUGACGCCACAGAGCGCGUGCUGGGAGCAGUGCCACGGAAGCCCUUUUUUUACUCUUUUAUGGAAACUGAUCUGUGGCUGGUCGUAGGCAGCUGGACUUCUCCUUCAGGUGGGCACGCUGCGGAGGGAGUGUAGCGAGGAGGAGAAUAAAAGGAAGACUUGGUUUUGAUUUAUAUAUUUUUAAUUGGGAGGGAGCUCUUAGGGUAUAUGCAGUGUGACCCCCAGUGUGUAGCACAUCAGAAUGGACGGUGGGUGGGGAGGAAGUCAACAGCACAGGCUUACAGGGGAUGGAGAGGGUUGCUACAGCUUUUGGAGACAAAAACGAAUGAAAUUAGGUGAUUCUAGAAAGCAGGGUCAAAACUGAUUAGUAUGCCGAGCCUGCCCCAGACUCCUGUCCCCAAAGGUGGCUCAGGCCUUUCUCCCAGAUCCUGAAAGGGUCCAGGAACCAGCAGCUCUGGGAGCUGUAUCUGUCCAAGGGGCUCUGCGUGGGGCUGGGUGUCACAGCCCGGGGCGGGGGGCGGGGGGAGGGGGAAUGGUGAUGGAAGGGUGUUCUGUGUUGCCUAAAGGAUGGACAGAAAUAUAUUUUUAGCUCAAAAGCAUUCUGUAGGGUUUUCUUGAACAUCCAGAAAAGUUCCCUCUCCUCGUGGUUCGUGUCCACCUGGUGUGAUGGGAGUCUGGGGGAAGGGGGGGGACUUUCCUUCAGGAGCAGCUGGGGCAGGAAAGGAGGUGUGAUCACCACCACCAAGCUUUCCCCGUAAGCCAGAGGGUUCUAGACAGAGCAGGUGGCCAGCUGCCCCGUCUUCGUCUGGAGUGUGUGGGCAAGUGUGACUGGCGGCUUAGGCUCAGGGCCGGGAGGCGUCUCACAGGAACGCGGGUUCCCUUGCGGACUCUCCGAGCGUGGGGACCCACACGGGCGCUGCCCCCAGGGAACAGCAUUGCACCUAAGCGGUUGGAAGCCGGGCCGCUCCGAAGGCCCGUUGUGGCGGAGGGCUCCGUGAUCAUUCCCACGCAGGACGGCUUCCUCCUGCUCGGGUGCCAGGCGUGCGGGGCCUCCUGGCAGGUGGACAGGGACAGUCCCUGGUGGUGGUUUGCUUACCUCCGGCUUGGAGGGUCGGUCAGAAAUCACAAGAUUUAGGGGUGGCUCCAUAUCCCAGGUUUGGGAACCUGAAGUCUUUCCUCAAAAACAGUUGUUUUCCCUCUGCUGUGCCGUUUCCCCUUCCUGCUGGCCUGGGAGGAGGAAGCGUCCUCCUCAUGCACUUUCAGUGGCCUCUGUGCUUGGCCUGGCCCUCGGGCUGGUCCUGCUCUGCAGUCCUCGGGGCGGGGCCCCACGUCUCCCCGUCUCCAGGACGGAAGUACAGCCUAAGUAUUCAUCUAAGGGUCAGUUCUCUUUCUCUUUUCACUUGGAGCUGUGUGACGGGGCCGGACGUUGUAGAGAAGAUGGGAAUAUCUUUAAAGCUUUAUUUUCCUGUCCCAAUCCCAGCUGCAGAAGUGUCUCAACCCAGGCUCAGGGUGCUUCCCUGGGGGGUGCGGGGGCGGGGGGGAAUUCGCUGCUUGUCCUGCAAGCAGAUGUUCUUAACUCAGUCAUAGAUUUCUUGGCAAGAACCAAAGUGAGAUGAAAACUCCCUCCUGAAAGGUCUCCAUGGAGGAAGCGAGUGCGUGAGGAGCAGGGGAGGACGGGAACGUGUGCGGCCAGCCCGCACUGCUCCUGCCUCCUGCCCCCUCGCAGCUCCCAUCCUCAGCAGCCACAUUCGGGCCGACCCAGAGGGCUGGCUUCUGUGGGAUGAGGCGUCCUUUAAAGCCCAUGCCUACCUCCAGCAGCCUCUGGGCUCUCGCAGCACCUGCAGGGCCGCCUUCCCUUCCAUGCUGGCCCUUCGGGGCAGGAGCACAGGGAGAGGGGGCAGGGGUUUGGAAACAGGCUGCCACGGCCUUCCCACCACACAGCACAUCUGCCGUGUCCUGCAUGUAACAUGGAAGGUCUAUAGUCAGGCCGACGAUUAGGGAACAUCCAAACCCAGCCCGUGACGGGGAAGGCAGGUGGUAGGUGAAGUUUCUCAGAAUGACUUACGCUGUCUGUCCUGUUCCGUGAACAUUUCUUCCCUUCCUCUGUCACUUCGCAGCUGGGACCAGCAGGCACGUGAGUCAGGGUGACUGGCUGGGGUCCGAAGCACAGUGGCUCUCCAGCCACAGCCUUCCUGCCGCCCGAGUUGAGGUCCCGGCUCCGUGAGCCACGGAGCUCGCACGGUUAAGCCUCCCAGAGUCUCGGCUGGGCAGGGAGGACGGGUGCCCAUCACAGAGCCCUCGUGUUUAUAGCUUCACUGCUCCCUCCCUGCCCUGCCCACACGAGUAUCCAGGCUUCCUUUCAGAUCAGAAACCUGCUGCGGACUGGGAACCCUGCUGCGGGGAAGGUUCAGGAAGUGCAGGCUCUGUUUGCCUUUAAUAAAGUCCGUGUCUUUUGUAGAAAAUUACUUCUUGGACCACAACAAAGGUCACUGGUCUCUCAAUCCUGGCUCUUACCAGUGGCCAGAGAUGCCAUCAGCCUAGUUCUGGCCCCUCCAGACUUUAAAAUGUUAGUAGCAACGCAGCGCCGCCGAGCGCGAUGCCGGAGGCCGCUGCCCGUCCUGCCAGGGAAGCUGCUGGAGUGCAGGAGGUGCUUGCUCAGGUCACAGCCCGAGUCAGUCCAGCUUUCCCUCAAGAAACCACUCGAGUGAACUUGCCAGGCGCUUUCUCCCCUGGACGUGGCCAGCCAGCCAGGCAGCUCUUGGUCUCGUGAGUCCACUCCACGUGUCUGUCGUGGCAGGAUUUCCUCCUCGGCACCGUCUCAUCAGGAUCUCUGCUCUCCUUCCACAGCCUGCCUCCCCUCCCCCUCUCCUUCUCCUCCACCCCCCACCCCCGCCCACAUCUAUUGAUUCCACGGAGGCUCGGUCCUGGGAAUACAGGCUGCAGGCUUUGGUGCAUUGCAGCGUUUUCUCCCGGAAGCUCUGGAGGGAUGAGUUGGCGAAGCUCAGGAGAGGUUUACCAGGAGGUCGCACUAGCUCGUGUAUCAUUGCUUUGGCCCGGAUGUGGGGUUCUGCCUGCAUUCCGGUGUCUGUCCCAGCACUUCCAGCCUACAGAGGAGCGACACGAUGCCCGUUGUUAUUACAAGUGGCAUCUGGCCAUUUCCCCAUCCGAAGUGUUGUCUUCCAGGGGGCCGGGCCCAUCAGACAGUCUGGUGAGGUUGGCCCUGCUCCAUACCCCUGUGGGACAGCAGAGCCUCCAUGCUGCCCGCUGCCAACUCCACCCCUUCCACUCCACGCUCCCCGUUGGGCCUCUGAACCAGUUCACAAUGUGCAGGGUCCCGGGGGCCUGGGACCCACUGCUUUCCCCGUCGGGAGUCACUAAAUCAAUGGCUUCCCCACUAAAGAAGUUAGGCUCUGACUCGGUGCCUCUUGGUACAUCACAAAGGCGUUCGUGGGAACACGCCAGCGGUUCUCAGAUCUGCUCUGUGCUCCUGUUUCUCUAGGGUGUUUGGCAGGAAAUCUUUAAAAGGGACCCACCUGUGCCCGGCCGGUGUGGGUCAGUGGUUGAGUGUAACCUAUGAACCAGGAGGUCACAGUUCGAUUCUCGGUCAGGGAAUAUGCCAGGUUGCGGGCUCGAUCCACAGUGUGGGGUGUGCAGGAGGCAGUCAAUCAAUGAUUCUCUCUCAUUGAUGUUUCUCUCUAUCCCUCUCCCUUCCUGUGUGAAAUCAGUAAAAAUACAUUUUGGAAGAAGGGAUCCACCUGCAUUGCCACCGCCUGGAAUGUAAUGAUCUGAACACUCCAGACUCCCCAGGCCUUUGGGAAGGGGGUGUUCUGGACAAAGUCAGUAAAUGUCCAAGCAGAAUAGGAACACUGACCCACUCCCAAGAGUUAGCUGCUCGGAGGCAAGGUGCGAGGUUUCAUGGUGGGAUCGCAGCCCAGAUGGGGCCUGAGGGCCAGCCCCCUCGCAUUUAAGAUACUUAUUAACCAAAGGGGCCGGGGCCCUGUGCAGACAAGGGGCGUUUAUAGAUCAUGAAUUGGAUUUCCUCGUCAUUGACCACAAAAGAAGUCAGACACAUCGAAUCCAGAAUCAAGUUACAUCUGGGGGAGACAAUGCCUGUACAUAUCAUUUGCUUUCCUUGUUAGAUUGGGGUGCAGAAGGCACUUUCAGUAUUUUUUUAACAAUGAUCAUUGAAGAGCAUUUAUGUAAACAGGAUGGGUGGGGCUUCCGACCCGGGUGCUGUUGGGGAUGGCUUCUCGCUGUGAUGCAAACGUGUAAAAUAAAAAUCCUAUGACGGAAA